GGUUAUGAAAGGGAACAAAUUCCCACUACGAUUAUUUAUCUCUUUGCGCAAUGCCCAAACAGCUCAUUGUCUCGUAACUGCGGGCAAUCCAAAAACAUCGGACGCUCACAACUUUGCUUGACGGGGCUAUGCUAUGCACGCAUCCAUAUCUUAAUGAGCGUUGCAAUCAAGAUGAGUACCAACACAGUCGGGGGGCAGUCAACUCGCCAACCUCCUGGUUCUGCAUGCCUCCAUUGUCGAAACAAAAAGAUGAAAUGCGAUGCUCUUCAACCACGUUGCAAAAAUUGCUUCAAUGCAGGAGUGGAGUGUAUACGUUCAAAUAACUACUCGAGAAAGCGAAGCGCACAGAGAGACCAUAUAGAGGGUCCUCAAGAUCGAGUGGAAACCUCCGACGCUGAAGUUUACGAUGUGCAGCCCAAAUUCAAUCCAGGCUUGUUCAACCUGGAUUUUCACAUGGAUUCUUUCUAUGAUAUGGAUUACAAUUUUCUCGAAAAUAUAACUCCGGAAUCAUUUCCUAUCUUGUCACCACUUGACUCCUUGCCAUCAUUGAUACCCAGCGAGACCGUCGAAUGCAGUCAACCUCAAACGGUUAUCGAAACGGCCGGAAUUCUUGCUCCUCCACUAAAUGACCCGAUUAAUGAUUUGAUGCAUGAAGAUUUAGACCAACUCUAUUUAGAUAGGGUACAUCGCCUGAUUCCUAUCUUACAUCGCAGACGCUAUUUUUCGUGGACGCGAUCACCCAAUAGAACCGAUGCACAGACAUGCCUGCAGUUUGCCAUGUGGACAUUAGCAACAUCGCUGUCGACACAACUUCAGCAUCUACGCGAGUCAUUUUACCAGCGUACGUGCUCUCUUCUUGAUAAAUUUACCGCCCAAGAUACGGCCGCUCCCCAGAUUGAGUAUGCGCAAGCAUGCAUCUUAAUUGUUAACUAUGAUCUCAUGAAGGAAAAUUUCAGGCGUGGCUGGACCAGCGCCGGGCGUUGUAUCCGGGUUAUCCAACUAAUGCGUCUCUUUGAAAUUGAUCGUUCCAAAGGUAGAAAUGAUCGUGAAGACUGGAUACAGCGUGAGGAAAAGCGAAGGGCAUUUUGGAUGGCCUACUCGUUGGAUCUUUUUAUCAGCCUGAGAGGCGAAUGGCCGCUGAGUCUGACCGGCACGGACUUUGUUCGACUCCCGGCUCUAGACAAAGACUUUGAUAACAGUCACUAUGUAGAAAUGCCUUUCUUGGGCACUGUUCUUUCGGGUGCUUCUUCUUCCGUGCUUUCGCCCUGGGCUGAGUCAAUUGUUUUCGCGACUAUUAUUCGACGGAUUACCGCUCUCACCUCGGAGCUCGAAGGCUUAAGCCCCGGCAGCUCUUCGACUAAUGUGUGGUCAAAGAUUGAUUUACUCAGGAAUAUACUCAAGAGUCGACUAGCUUCAUUAUCAUUUAAACAUCAAGACUCCCACUUCCCCUUUUCCGACGACCCCAUGGAAACUUUUAUGAUUAUGAUUGCACAGUCCAGCGUGCUAUAUCUCUAUAAUACGCAGAAAUCUUUUUCUCGGGCGACAGAGAGCAGUCAGAACAUCUCAAUGGCUCUUCAAUACGAAGCACAAAUGGCUGCUCAAGAAAUUGCGAACCUUUCAACUUCAAUUCUUCAUAUGAGCCGUUUCAAGGUACAGCACUUUUCUCUGCUCUCUUCUGAAUUUAAUUUUAUGAAAGUACAUACGCUGAUCUUCGCUCAGAUCCAUCCAUUCACGCCUCUAAUACUUGCGAAAUGCAUGGAGUUUUAUAAAUCUAAUCAGAACUUGGAUGAAAUCACGCAAGCGGCGGUCAAGCAGAUCUAUGAGUUGUUAAGACAUAUAAGCAAAGUGAAUAAUAUUGCUGUGGAGUACCUAUCUUAGAGGCUAUGCUGGAGUAUGGAUUAUUUCAGAUGCGAUCAGUAGUAUAUGAUACAAUUUUGUGAGAAUAUCAGAAUGAGACUGUUCCCGAGUGAGGACUAUGAGAACUCUAAAUAUGGGGGUUUUUUUUGAGAUAGUAAUGCAUCUAAAGGAAGGAAACAUGUAGCUAGGCAUCCAUUCUAGAUUAAUAUGAGAUAAUUCAUACGUUUUUAUG